UUAAAUAACAAAGAACAUUCGCCAUUAAAUUUGAAGUUACUGUGUUUUUGUUUGAAAAAAUAGGGAAUCCCGGAUAAUCGCUUUGAAGGUAUUCUUCACACAAUGACAUACGGUCAAAUUCGGUCAUAUUUAAAAACCGUUCCACUUGUUGUUUCACCGUAUCAUUUUGAGUAAUGUUACCACCACUUGGCCCAAUACCCUGCAAUUUGAGCUGCCCGAAUUGCUCCAAGCAAGUGACAUCGCGUAUGGAAUACAGAUCUUCGACAAAAUCGCAUAUUAUUGCUUUACUACUGGCUGGAAUGCUCUGCCUACCUUGCGCCUGCGCUGUGUACUGCACGGAUUGCGCACGAAAUGUGGAGCACUACUGCCCAUCUUGUAAUGCUUUUUUGGGUGUAUAUGACCGCUGAGUAGAUUUUGAUAAAAUGCUGAAGUGAAUUUUACCUAAGAAGGAUAUUAAACAAAAUUGGAAAUUUGAACCCGAAAUAUUUUUUCCCAAUAAAAAAGACACAAAUUUUUGAA